UGUGUUUGUUAGUCUGAGUCUUCUGAGGACACACACAGUCCAAUCAGAGCCUGAUGAUGACUUUAGCUCGUUUCUUCAGCUCUUAGCAGGAAUGAAACAUUGAGGCAGCAGGGAAAAGGAGGGAAAGAUGGACAGAAAGCAGAAUUCUCAGAAAAGCACCGGGUUGUUACAGGAACGUGAGCGCGCGUGCGGAUAAAAAAAAGGGAUAAAUAUAAAUAAAAUAUCAAUAAAAAAGUGCACGAGAGAUGGAGAGAACGGCGAAGUGCGCUUGUUUAGUGAAAAGAGGAGAAGUGUGGCGGUGUUGAAUGGUUUUUUUCCCUCUGCGUGAAUGCAGGAAUCUUCAGAAACCUUCAGGAUCUGAAAUCUACACGUUUUAUGUGUUUUUUAUUUUAACAAAAAGGGAAAUAAAUUAAAAAUCAGAAAGCGCGCGCGCAGCCGGAGGACGGAGCGGAAAUCUCACACACACAGGACAACCUGGAGAAAGUGGAGGUUUAUGGUUAGAUAUAUAUAUAUAUUUUUUUUUUAUUAUUAUUGUUGUUUCCUGCAAACGAGGAACUUUUGUAAGCCACCGAAUCAGAAAUCCUGUGAAAGGUGUGAGAUAUGCGGAGUCGGUAAAACAGCGCGCGAGGCACGAAGAAAGGCAAGAAAAACAGGGAAAUAAGGAAAAAAAAGCGCGAGACAUUGAGUUUCCUACAGGAUAAAAAAGACAGAUAGACAUGGACCAAGGUGGUGCUGGUGCUGGUUAUGUUCUUCUUCUGAUUAUGCGCUAAAGAAUCACAGCCAUAAUAAAGGAGGGAAGUUUAAGAAGUGAAACAUCUGGAUCUUCACAAAAUACUGAAAAACAGAACAACUGGUUUGGGAAACAUUACUAAAGAAUCUUUUUUUAAUUAAAAAAGCAGAUUAAAUAAAAGUGCAUGGACUAUUUUAGUUUUGGGCAAAAUGCUGAUGGAUGAUUCAUCUCUUUAAAUCUGACCACACAUCAGGAUUUUAUUUUUUUACUUCAGAUGGAGAAGCUGCUCCUGUAUCAGAGAAGGUUGUGAGUUUGAGUCCAGGACUCCACUGAUGGGCCCUUAGGCACGACUCUUAAGGAUCGAGGAAGAGGAUUGUGUCCUGUGAUAAAUGGAAAUUCAGAAUAAAGCGUUUAAUUGUUAGAAUAAAGCAUUUGCGCUGAUUAAACUCAGAAUGGAGAGAGUGUAAGUUAUCAAGCCUGAAAACAGAGGACUGGAGAAGUGUCGUUUUUGUUUUGUUUAAUUUGCACAAAUGAGAAACUUGACGAACGACACGGUGGUGGUGCGGGCGGAAGAGGAUGACGAUGAAGACGGGGCGGAGCGUGGGCGGAGCGCGAGGGUCCUGCUCGGGUUCGUUCUCUUUCUGCUGAUCGUGUGGACGCUGCUGGGGAACACGCUGGUGUGCGCCGCCGUGGUGAAGUUCCGGCACCUGCGCUCCAAAGUCACCAACUUCUUCGUGAUCUCGCUGGCCGUGUCGGACCUGUUCGUGGCCGUGCUCGUGAUGCCGUGGGAGGCGAUGUCAGCAGUGGCAGGGGCGUGGCUCUUCGGGCGCGUGUUCUGCGCCGUCUGGGUGGCGUUCGACAUCAUGUGCUCGACGGCGUCCAUCUUGAACUUGUGCAUCAUCAGCGUGGAUCGAUACUGGGCCAUCGCGAGCCCGUUCCGUUACGAGCGCAAGAUGACGCAGCGCGUGGCCUUUGUGAUGAUCGGCGUGGCCUGGACGCUGUCCGUGCUCAUCUCCUUCAUCCCUGUGCAGCUCAACUGGCACGAGGCAGACGAGGACGAAGACGCCAACAUCCUCGGAGAGUUUAACUCCAACGGAAACGUUAGCAACGACAACUGUAAAGCUAACCUGAACCGCACGUAUGCUAUCUCAUCCUCACUGAUUAGCUUCUACAUCCCAGUGGUGAUCAUGAUCGCUACGUAUACGCGGAUUUUCCGCAUCGCGCAGACGCAGAUUAGACGGAUUUCCUCGCUGGAAAGAGCGGCGGGACACGACUGCAGCGGAGAGAAUUCAAACUCGCUGAAAACGGCUUUCAAAAAAGAAACGAAGGUCCUGAAGACGCUGUCCGUCAUCAUGGGCGUGUUUGUGUGCUGCUGGCUGCCGUUCUUCGUGCUCAACUGCGUGGUGCCGUUCUGCCAGUGCGUCAGCGACACCACCUUCGCCGUCUUCGUGUGGUUCGGCUGGGCCAAUUCCUCGCUCAACCCCGUCAUCUACGCCUUUAACGCUGACUUCCGCAAAGCUUUCUCCUCCAUCCUGGGAUGCCACAAACUGUUUCCCAGCACAACCGUCGAGGCCGUGAACUUCAGCAACGAGCUCGUGUCUUAUCACCACGACACCACGCUGCAGAAAGAAGCUCCGCCUCCAAUUCCACCCAAAGAGGAAGAGCAUGCACUGCGGGCUCGUAAGACUUCCUCUCUGAGCUCCUCCUCUUCCUGUGUCGGAGUGGGCGGAGUGUUUCGUGAUCACACCCACAUGCUGCUGCCCAGCGUGGGCCGGUGCGAGUGUGACGCAGAGAUCUCGCUGGACACCAUCACACCCUUCACCUCCACCGCCAUGAUGGAGUGCGGCGGGAUCCCGGGACAGAUCAUUAACGAGUGACGGCGAUCGAUAAUCGAUCAUUAUGGAGAGGAAGAAUGAAAAAAAACAAAAACAAUAACCAACAACGUCGGACAUGAGAUCUGAUCAGUAAUCAAUAAUCAACGAUCACGUCUGUUAACUUUAUUACUUAGGAAGUAUUUCGAUCCUGAGUGUUGAAUUAACACUUUAAUUACCACAUGUUGCAUUAGCGCUGUUAAAUCAACACUGUACUCCUGAACAAAACAACACUGCAGGUUCUAACAGCUGUAACCUUCUUAGAACCACACUUACAUUCACAACCUGCUGUUCCACUUAGAACACGAUCUGAUAACCCUUUGUUGUAGGGUUCUACACAGAACCUUCAAGAGGUCCAUUUUUCAAGAAUAUAAUAAUAAUAAUCAUAAGAAGAAGAAGCAGAAGAAGGUGUAGCUGAUUCUGGGUUUGAUCCUGAGCUGUGUGUGUUCUCCGUGCGUCUGUGUGGCUUUCCUCCUGGUUCUUCAGGUCUCUCCACCUCGCAGUGAAGUCUCCGUGUGUCAGCGUUUACUCGGGUUUCUGCUCGCUCUGUUCUCUGAUCUCAAAAACUUUUAGGAAAAAAAGCUUUCAUCUAGCGCUCUUUCCUUAAGCUUGGAAAGCUCUGUGUAAAACCCUACAACACAAAGGAGUUCUGUGAAGAACAAUCACACGAGGAACAUACGCUGUUUCCUGGAGUGUUUAUAAAGCUGAUUGAUCAACGUCAGAACGUAACAAACCUCUGAAUUCACGUCGUCAGUAAUUUCGCAGGUUUUAUUUCUGAUUUUCAAUCUUUUUUUGUUGUUGAUUGUUUUCGUGUAUAGAUUUAUUUCAAUGCCGUGAUAUUAUUUAUCAUU